CUCAAAAAUGACGAUCUCCGCUAUUUCAAAAAAGAAAAUGAGAACCUCCUCUACGUCGCCGAUGAAAGACGAAGAGCCAAGAAACUGGGUGGAUCUUCCGUCGGAGUUGACGUCUUUGAUCCUGAUCCGUCUUAGCGUGACUGAUAUUCUGGACAACGCUCGGAAGGUGUGCAGCCCGUGGCGACGCAUCUGUAAAGACCCUUCGAUGUGGCGGAAAAUCGACAUGCGAGACUUGGCAAACCGCAGAAUGUUCAAGUACAAUGCAUAUAGCAUGCGCCGCAGGUGCCGUGACGCUGUUGAUCUCAGCCAGGGCGGCUUGCUAGAGAUCAAAAUUGAUCGCUUCGUGAACGAUUCUCUCCUCAGCUACAUCGCCGAUAGAUCAAGUAAUCUGAAAAGUUUUGCACUUCCAGUCUGUUACCCAUCGAUAACAACGAUAGAAGAACUUGUUAACGCAAUCGCGAAAUUUCCAUUUCUUGAAACCCUCGAGUUCUUCGACUUUUUGUUUAUACUGGAUUUGAAAGCUAUAGGCCACGCUUGCCCACAGCUAAAGACAUUGAAGAUAAACUUCUCAGGCUACACCCCUUGUGAUGAUGAUGAUGCCAUAGCAAUCGCUGAAAGCAUGCCCGAACUACGCCAACUCCAGCUUAUGGGGAACGGACGACUAACCGACACAGGCUUGAACGCCAUUCGUGACGGUUGUCCUCAUCUGGAACACCUUGACAGACGUGAUGAAUCUCCUGGGGAUCACGAUCGCCAUGAGAUCGUGACUAGAGCUUCAGAUUGUGAUCCUUAUGAGAUCAUAAUCGGUUGUUCAUAGUUAUCGUUUUAUCUUCUUGUGUAAUCUGUGUUUGUGUGAUUGUAAUCAAUAGCAAUAGAGAUCUAUAAAGGAUUUUGUGAGUU